AUGGAGCAUGAACUACCGGACUAUGUGCGGGACUACAAGCUGGAGACCACAUUCCCUAAGAAACGCGAAGUUGUCCACAUCUAUGAUGACCCUGAUGCGCCUCCAUCGUCGCAACGACGGUUGGAAUGUUGGAAGCGUGACAAACGGCCCAUUGGCCGUGGCGGCCAGGGGCAAGUUUUUUUACAGACAUGCAUCAAUGGCAGUCGACAUUAUACCCAUCGCGCAGUGAAAAUAAUCCCACUUCAGGAUGGCGGCGGAAGACGACGAUACAUUCGAGAGCUCGAAACCAUUGUCAAAUUCUCUCACGACAAGUACUCCAAAUACUUCGUGAAGUCGCUGGGAUGGUACGAGAAUAAGGACUCGUUGUGUAUCGCCAUGGAGUAUUUCCCUACAGGAGAUUUGCAGACAUAUCUCUGCGACCACCCUGCCUUACCUGAAGACGACUCCCGCCAGAUCACCAGUCAAGUGCUGCGGGGCUUGGUAAUCAUGCACGGAGAAGGUUUUGCUCACCGUGACAUUAAGCCUCAGAAUGUCUUAAUUCAACAACGUCCAACACCUACAGAGCCAGGCUCUUGGUGGGUUAAACUUUCAGAUUUUGGUAUCAGCAAGAGACUGGAAGCAGCUACUAGCGGCGCAAGCACAGUGAUCGGUACCGUCGAAUACAUGGCACCGGAGCUCUUUGACCAAGACAGCCUCCCGGAUAUCAACUACCCGGCAGCAGACAUGUGGGCCUUGGGCGUCAUGACCUUUUGGAUAUUGACCAAGUCUCGUGUGUUCUCGAGUCAACGGCAUUUCUUUCAGUAUGAAGCGCGCCCAGACACACUCUUCCCUCGUGGCUCUUUGGUCGAUUUUCAUGUCAGCCUAGACGGGCAGGCUUUUAUUCGUGCAUUGAUGGGGCCGAAGCCGGAUGAACGGCUAGACUCUAAAGCAGCCAUUUGUCAUGCCUGGGUUCAGUCUUGGAUGCCAAGUGCGCCAAUGAUUUCAGACGAUCGCAGCGAGUAA